AUGGAUCCCUUGAGUAUAACGGCCAGCGUCGCGGGCCUCGCAACCCUCGCAUACCAGAUCAUCGGAUAUCUCGGGACUGUUCGAACUGGUGGGAAAGACCGGUUGACACUCUGUCAUGAAGUCACCCACCUCUGGAUGUCUAUCACGUCGCUUCUCGCGCAGCUUUCCUCCGACGCGAUUAAAAAUGAUAAAAUCCCGGACUCGUUACGUCCGCUGUUCGAGCCGGAUGGUAUUUUGAAGGAUAUCAAAAUACAGCUGGAGGAUCUGGAGAAUAAGAUUCAGUCUCGCCUGUCGCGGGGAAGGAUUGCGCAGACGCUCGCUUGGCCGUUUACGCAGAAGGAUGCGGAAAAAAUGAUCCAGCGUAUCCAUCGCUUGAAGUCUACGCUGCAGGAUGGUAUUAACCAGUCGACUUAUGCCAUCUCUCAGGAUAUCUACCGCGAUGGGCAGAGCGUGAAGAAGGUGGUUGACGAGGCGAGGUUGAAGGAGCUGAUUGACUGGAUUUCUCCGCUCAACUUUAUCACCAAGCAAAGUAUGAUCUCCAACGAGCACCACAAGGGGACGUGCAAGUGGUUCCUGGAUCGCGAUGACUUUUGCGAGUGGCGAGAGGGAGAUAAUACCAUGAUCUACUGCCCUGGGAUUCCUGGUGCUGGGAAAACUUUCCUAUCAUCGAUUGUAUACAAUGAGCUGGAGGGGCUGCGAGUGCGAGAGGAAUGUGGCCUCAAGGGCGCCGCGGUCAUAAUGCUCUACUGCAAAUGGGAUGACCCGUUGACCCAAGAUAUCGAAAACCUGCUUUCCAGCAUCAUCAAGCAAUUUGUCCAGCGAUACGAUGUUGGUGUAACUGGUAUGAUGGAGCUAUUCACUAAACACAGCAAGGAAGGGACAAGGCCCUCACGAUCGCAGCUGCAGUCAACGCUCGAGCUCCUCUUCAGCCAGUUCACAAAGGUUUUCAUCAUCCUCGACGGACUGGACGAACUGCGCGAAGAGAAUGAGCGACGCCCCUUGUUGCAAAGUCUCGCUCCAUGGAGCAUAGCAAAACCCCCGGCCAAAAGCACGGUCAAUCUUAUGGUCACAUCGCGCCCAUUGCCCAAUAUUGUCCGCCAUUUUAGACACUUCCUAGACUCCGAAAGCAAUAUAUACUGCGAUGUCUGCAAUGACCUAGUCCUCCCGUUUCAGUACCACUGCGCCGAAUGCAGUGUCAGUUACGACCUCUGCUCUGGCUGUUACGAUGUUGGCAAGCGCUGCGGUUAUAAAGGGCACACUUUCCACCUUGAGUUCAACGCUCGCGUCGUCCCUGUCGCGGCUGUGGAAGAGGAUUUGACUACCUAUGUCCUGUGGCGAACAAGCGCGUCCGACUUUCUGCGGCAGUGCGUGGAAACGAAAGAAGGGUUGAUGGAUAGAAUCCUCACGACCGUAGUCAAGAACAAUGGCGGGAUGUUCCUGUUGGCCAAAUUCAACAUGGACACACUGGAGUCCAAGCUCAACAUCAAACAGCUCACGCUGGCACUGAAGACCCUGCCCCAGGAGCUGGACGGCACUUAUGCAGAUGCCAUGUCUCGAAUCACCGAGUUGCCCCCAUCGCCGAGAGAGAAGGUCCUAGAAUUCCUCCGCUGGGUUGUUUUCGCGGAGCAGCCGCUGCAUGAGAAAGCCAUUGAGCACGCUCUGGCGGUUAGUGAGGGUGAUACAGACGUUGAUGAUGACAGCAUUAUCAGCGCGAGGACCUUGGCAAGCAAGUGUGCAGGUCUAGUACAGUUCGAUGAGUCUCAUUGUCUAAGGUUAGUUCAUUAUUCAGCCGAGGGCUUCUUUAAACAAAACUGCGAUCACUGGUUCCCCCAAGGAAACAUGAAGGUUACCUCAACCUGUCUGACAUAUCUUUGGUUCGAUGUGUUCCGAGCCGGUGCCUGUGAUGGUCCAUCUGAAGCUAUUGAUUUCGAGAAGCGCCUAGAGAAGUAUCCCUUCUUGCGGUAUGCAUCCAUUAACUGGGGGAAGCACCUCCGCGCGACAUCGGAUGAUGAGUUGUUCAAUCGGGCUUUUGACCUUCUCACUGAUGUCAAUUCUUUGGCUACGGUAACCCAAGCCCUAUGGUAUCUAGAAGACCAACAUCAGUCUAUCAGCUGGUCUGCAAAAAAUGGUUCCGCAGUCCAUCUCGCCGCGCACUUUAAUCUCAAUCGCCUCGUGGAGAAACUCCUCGGACAGGGGCACGAUCCAAACACCACGGAUAUGAGCGGACACACGCCUCUAUCACUCGCUGUCCGACGAGGCAAUAUUAACGUCGCAACAGCUCUAAUCAAGGUAGGCGCAUCAUUGAACACAGUGGACAACAGCGGCCGCGCUCCGCUGCACUGGGCAAUCCGCCACAGGCGUCUUGAUGUUUUUAAGUUACUCUUAGACCAGCAGAACAUCGAUGUCAAUGUCUCAGAUGCGCGCUGGUUACACUAUACACCCCUAAUGAUUGCAGCUGCGGGUGACCUUGUCGGUUACCUUGCGCCCCUCCUAGCUGCUAAAGAGAUCGAUGUGAAAAAACAGUGCAGGAACCCUGAUGGCGGAACUGCGUUGAUAAUUGCCGCUCAAUACGGCGCCACUGAUGCUGUCAAGCUCCUGCUUGCGUAUCCUGGUAUAGAUGUCAAUCACGGCGAUGCGAGUGGCACCACAGCGCUUACCCACGCUGCCCAGGGAGGUUAUUACGAUCUCGUCGAGGCACUGCUUGACAACGGGGCUGACACGGAGGUAAAGCAGGAAAGGUGGUAUGGGACGGUCAUCAUGCGAGCUAUUGACAAUGGUAAAACAUCAAUCGUUCGGCUAUUGAUCAAACGGGGCGCCGAUAUCCGCCAUAUUGAUGUCUUCGGCCGGGGCACAUUGCACUCGGCGGCCAUCAAUAGCCAGGCAGAGAUCCUUCGCAUCCUGCUAGCACAUGACCCAACAUUGGAUGUCAACAUGCAAGAUGUCAAUGGUAAAACAGCUCUGCACGAUAACGCCCGCACGGGAGACCUGGAGACGGCCGACGUUCUCCUCAAGCAUGGCGGCAACCCGACUAUCAAGGAUAACUACGGGAGAACGCCAAUCCGUGUUGCGCGUGAAUCUGACAGUCCUGCACUCCUCGAGGUGCUUAACGCAGUUCGAGCACGACAGAACGAUGAGAGCCGCAUAUCUAAAUCGCUUCAGCGCACCGACACUGGAACCAUCAUCGACGAGGUCAAGCGGUCGGACACGGGUCUGUCUAUCCCCGCCGCUCUUCCGAUCUGGUCACUCGUCAUACUGAAUCAGUCCGAUGAGCUCAAAGAGCGUCUGCCCGACUCGUCAAAAGAGGAAAUCAACCAGCCCGACCCAGACAGUGGUCAGGCAGCACUCCACUGGGCCGUCGCCGACCGCGAUAUAGAGACCACCCGUCUUCUCAUCUCCCACGGCGCCGACAUCAACAUUCAAAGCAAAUACGGCCGCACACCCCUCCAUAUAUCCGCCAUCAAGGGAUCCUGGGACAAAGCUGAGGCGUUGCUCCUGUCCGGCGCGGACACGGAUAUCGAGGAUCAGUGGGGGUGUCCUCCGCUCGCGUUGUCUAGUGGUGCCAUUGGACUUCUCCUUAUUGAGAAUGGUGCGAAUCUGUCCCGGGAUGAUGUGGAUAUAGACUUAUACCUGCGUUUAGCUGCGCAGGCUGGGUGGGAGACCUCGAUUCGGCGGUUGAUUUCUGCCGGUGCGGAUGUUUGGAGUAAGGACUCGACUGGGAAGACGCCGUAUAUGAUUGCGAAGGAGAGUGAUUGUCAUAAAAUGGCCAAUUUGAUUCUUCAGCUUGCGCCUAGGCCGGAGGGCUCUUCCUCCGAUGGCACGGGCAUUUCGAAGGAUAAAGCCCCGAAUGGCAGCACAGAGAAGGGAGGCACAGAGAAGGGCAGCCUUGUUGUCAAGGAAAUGCCUACUGGUGUCACUCAAAUAACAACUACUGGUGAUACGAAACCUGGGACUUCGCUGUUCCAGCGACAUCUAUAUGCCCUCUUGUUGGUUUUGUUAUUGAUUCCAGCGACAACUUUGGCACGGUUAUAUUGA